UCUGGCCACAAGUUUCAAAACUUUCAAACAUGGUAGAGAGACGCAGAGACGGACUGUCGGACGGCCUCGCUGACUGAGUGAAAUCAACUACUGAACCACAGAAUCCAAACAAGAGCUGUUGUCUUUUGGGAAAGGAAGAAAAAAAAAAAGAAAGUGGACAAAAGGCAGAGUCACUGUGGAUUUUUUUUUUCUUCUUCUUCAGAGGGAAUAUCCUACACCACAACUUGACUCUUUUUUUUCCCCUCCUUUCUUUCUCCUCUCCCCUCUCCUCACAGAGCUCCAUGCUUUAUUUUAGGAUUUGUGCAGAAAAUCCAUCUUUUGAUCCCUUAAUCACUCGCCAUUCGAAACAUUCUGAGCACUUCUACCAAACCAAAGCGGACAGAAAGCUAACGCUGCACUGGGAUGAAUUUAACCGAGCCAAACCUGCCCAGAGAGACUUGUCUGCAUCCCAGCCAGAUGCCCUUUGGAGGCCGCUGGACGUCAGAGACCCCGAGUCCUGCUUCCGACCCUGAAAUGGAUUUUGAAGGAAGCCUGUCGGCGGACUGCAGCUCUCCCGACGCCCCAGGAGAACUGAGGAGAGCAGAACCGAGGAUGGCUUUGACAGUCGGCUCGAGGGGACAGAGCCCGGAUCGGAGCCAUGGAGGCGGCGCAACGGCUGGGGCAGGUGAUGGAAAAGCUUCAGGGGCCGAGCAGAGGAUCCGCAGACCAAUGAACGCCUUCAUGGUUUGGGCUAAAGACGAGAGGAAGCGUCUGGCCCUCCAGAACCCUGACCUGCACAACGCCGUGCUCAGCAAGAUGCUUGGUCAGUCCUGGAAGGCCCUGAGCGCCACCGACAAGCGGCCGUUUGUGGAGGAAGCCGAGCGUCUCCGCGUCCAACACCUCCAGGAUCACCCAAACUACAAGUACAGACCCCGACGCAAAAAGACCACCAAGAAGCUGAAGCGAGUGGAGCCUGGGCUCCUGCUGCACAGCUUGGCUCAGGGUGGGGCCCCUGGGCUUGGUUUGGGUCCUGGCGUUGGCCCCCUGGCUGCUGAAAAUGUGUCUGGUGCUUCUGCUUAUGGGCACGCCGCCCACCACCACCACCCCCACCAGCUGCUGCCGUCUUUGGGCCACUUCAGGGACCUUCCAACCCCGGGACACGCGGAGCUGGAGAGCUACGGCUUGCCCACGCCGGAGAUGUCGCCGCUGGACGUCCUGGAGGAUGGCGCCGGGGAGUCCGUGUUUUUCCCCCAACACGUGCAGGACGAGGCGGGGAUGGGAGGCUGGAGCGGUUAUCACCGCCUUCACCAUCACAACCCCCAUUACAGCCAGCACUACAGCAGCCACAGCCACCACAGCUCCAUCAGCGCCGGUUUAAACGGCGGGAUGAACGCAAGCCUCAGCCCAAGCAGAACUUCCAGACUUGAUUCCAGGAUAAGUUCUGUUGAAUCAAACAUGACCUCAAGCAUUAGCUCAGUUAGCUCUAAGUUAACCCCGUCCCAUGCGUUCAGCCAUCAGGUCCCCUUAAGGACUCCUGUGAAGUGUCCCCAGCUUCUACCCGAUUCCUCGCCCCCUGUAUCGUAUCCCCGUCCUUCCUUCAGCCUCCCUGAGCCAGUAAAAUGCCAGCAAACAACUCUGAGCACAGCUCCGGCAGGCUACAUGAACCAAAUGUAUGCCAGCGCUACCUCUAGUGCGACACAUUUCCCUCCUUCCCAUCUUGGACAGCUCUCUCCUCCUCCUGAAACGUCCUCCUCUUCCUGCUCGUCCUCUUGCAUCCUCCCUGUGUCCUCCUUUGGCCGCUCGGCGCUCUCAGACCUCUCCAGCCUGGAGGCCGGUGGCCACAUGGGCUCUUCCUCCGCUGAGUUCUGGUCUGAGGUGGACAGGCAUGAAUUUGACCAGUAUGUCAACAUGGCACGGAGCCGAGAGGAGCCCUACGGACUUGUCGGAGGGUGCGGAGGUGGGUCUAAAGUCCUGGGUGGGUGCACCAGCGCUGUUGGAGGCAGUAGCAGUAACAGCAUUGUCAGCAGUAUUAUUAACAGGGACGGCAGCGGUAUUAUGAGUGGUGCCGGUGGCUGUGAUGAUGGGAGCAGCCCUCUGAUAUCCGCUCUCUCUGACGCCAGCAGCGCUGUUUAUUACAGCGCCUGUAUAACUGGAUAAAUGCAGGAUCUCUGAUGCAGUAUUUUAUUUGCAUUUUGUUCUGUUUUCAUCCCUAUGAACACUUGGGACAUGAUAGGAUAAAAAAGACAACGCUAACCCUAAAAGAAGACAUUAUCGUGUCAUAUCCCACUCUAAAAUGAAAUGGUUUAAGUUUUGUUUGUAAAUUUGAAAAAAAAAAAACAUUUCUGGUUUCAUUUUGUUCUGAGCCUUUUAUCAGACAAAAUUAUUCUAUUAUGUUCUAACUGAUCUGUUUGUUAAAGUCUCAGAUUAAAUAGAAAAACACAGUCCUCAUUGCAACAAGGUGAUCAGAAAAUAGAACAAAACCGUCCAAAAUUGUUCUAAGAGCUGCAAAAACAUUUAAAGACUUCCUACUUUACACAAAGGCCUCACCGUUUCCCUCACUCUUGUGUUUUUGGCAGAUAAACUUUGUGCAAACAGCUAAAUCUGAUCAGUCAGUGCUGCUAAAUUUGGGAACUGGAGUCACCAAAGAUCAAAAUCUGCAUCCGUGUGUGGUUUGGAAAUUGUCAUAACGGCUAAACGUAACCUUCACUGAAGAAAACAGUUCAGCAUGCGGAGGUAACGGCCUCAUUUGGUCCACACGGCCAGGGGUGUGUAAGUGACCCACAUCCACAGUGACCCCAAAAGGCAUUUAAGUAUCGGUGUUUCAAGCAGGGUGAUAACGUUACAAUCAGUAUUUGACCGUCAGUUAAAUCUGUGGUGGCUUCUCUGUGCCUUAUUAUUUCUUUCUGAGUGGGCAGUUCCCGUUUUAAAACACAGCUUUGCUGUCACUGCAAUGUCUUUCAGAGGAUUCCAGCGUCACAGAGCUGAUACCACUAAUUGUUUAAUGACAGAUCCUACCAGGACUCAAACAACAUUUCACCAAAACUUUAAGUUUUAAUGUCAGAAACUUGCCGUAUGAACUGUAAAAGGAAGGAAAAUAGAUUCAGUGGGGGGGGGGGGACUCUGUCCUGUCUCCUCAUAUGUCUCAGAAGUGCCUUCAGAACGGCCUGGCCACUAACCCAGAACAGACCGCUGAUGUCUCCCACAAACCUUCAGGACGUUUCACAAGUUAGGGUGGCUUUUCUUUCGCCAUGUGAUGCAUCCCAUUCCCGUCCUCGGCUCAGUUCAUGUCGGGGUCUCGUACCCAUAGAGGCAAAUAUAAUAUUUUAAGAUUUAAAACAUUUCUUUGUCCAUCGACAUACAGAUAUCCUCUGAUGAUGAUUUAGAGAUUUGCUUUAUCUCACCACAAAUUCUCUUCAGUGUCCCAAACAGAUCACUUGUUCAAACAGAACACAGUUUUUCCAACUUAGGUCUGCAAAUGAUAAAAGCUCAGGAUCUAAAAAUACUUCUGGAAAAGUUUCAGAAUAGUAGAUUAUGAAAAUAUCUCACAGAAAGUCCUGGUCUCUUUUGCCAAUUAGUUAGAAUCCUCCUCAUGCAACCAGAUAUGAGCAAACAUCAGGAUUUUUCUUUUUCUGAUUCUUCAUUGUUUAUUUCUUUUGGAAAGUUGGUUUCAUGUUGUCAUUACUGUGUAUAUUGAUUCAGUGCUUUUUGUGAAAAGAGAGAUUUAGACUAUGAAAUGUUCUCUUUGCACUGCAUUAAAUGUAUUAGCUGUAUAGAAGGUAUAAUACUUUCUUUAAGAUAAAAUGUCUAUUGUUUGAAAUAUGUUUUUGUACAGAAAGGAUUAGGUUUUGUUUUAAUUUUUCUGAAAGGAAGCUGCCAUCUUUCUCGCUGGAAGUGAGUCUAGCAUGUCAUUUUUUAUGGAUUUUUUUUUUGUAAUUAUGGUGCUAGUUAGCCUAGGAUGGCUAAAGGACAAAAACUAGAGAAAUAGCUGCACACACCUGCCUUUCAAUAUAUAUAUAUAUAUAUUUAAAAUUGUUACAAAUACCAGCAGUGUGCCCUUGUUUUCUGAGGAUUUAAGAAUAAACAGGUCAUGCAGAAAUGCCCCGCAUUAGCCAAGCUAAUGGCUAACCACACUCUGAAGCUGUUUUUUAAUGAAAAUGUCUUAUAAAGGAAAUCUUCUUGAAACUUUUCAGCCCUUUUUGGCUUCAUUGACUCACUUGUAACUCAGUAACUUUCCUGUUGUCACCGUUUGAUAUAAAAGAUUAAAAUAUGUGUUUUUGUCAAUUAAAAAUCUGCAGUUGAGGCCACUUUAGCGUUUUCUCUGUCCUGCAGUAGUUUAGUGUACAAGGAAAGGAAAACAAGAAGUCUCCCGUGGAACUUUGAGCCUGCAUCUGUUCUGCGUUAGUCUUGUCGACACUGCUUGUUUCUUGUUUCUUCAUGUAAAUGAAACGGUGGAACAAAAUCAAGUAUCUCUUACGGAGCCACCGGCUACAUUUGCCAUACCAUUCCUGAGCAAUAAUUACAAUUUCUUUUAACUUUUCUUUAGCAAGAUAGACUUACUGGGAAGCCGGAGUUCGACUAAACUAUUAAAAAUAAGUUUCUACAUCUGCAUUUGACAUUCUUCUCUGUUGACACCAAGCAGCCUUUUUUUUCCUAUUUAAUUUACUGUGACACAAAAAGACUUCAGAGAGAGACAGGCGUUUUUUUUUUUUUUUAGAAUCGUGCAAUAACUUUGGGCCUUUUGGUAAUAAUUAUCUGAGAGAAUAAAGAAAACACCCAGGACUUUGGGAUUAAAUCAAAGGAAAUUUUCUCAGCAGUCAUAUAACAAAUUAAAACCAGGAUUUUCCCAGAAGUGUCACAGGGAUGCUUCUAAAUCUGCCUGACAGGGAUCAUUUUUAGAUUUUCUACAAAGGAAAAAAAGGGUUUUCUUUAUGUGUUUGAAAAAUUGUGUCCUUGCUGUAAAUUGAUCUGUUUUGCUGUAUACAAAAAAUGUUGCAAAUAAAAACCUUUAAGAAUUUA